GAAAUGGAAAACAAGUCACUCCACACGCAAAGGUAGAAAACUUCACGUCCACGCUGCACAAGUGGCAAUAAAGAGGGAUUAGCUGCUGAUUGCUAUUGUGAGCGACUGCUUCUCGCCUGGGUUUGUUUACCCUUGUUAGCUACAGAUGCCAGUGGUGGAUGGGGAGAUGCAGAAUCCAGCUUUUCCACUCUUCAUGCUGCAGCCCUAGUUGUCACAUGCAGGUUUCUAACCUUCAGCUUAAGCAGUGCGCAUGUCUGCUCCUCUGCCUCAAUGACUGUCAGUCUGGAGCUCCUUAGUCCUGCUGAAUUAGUGCCACAGACCACACUGGAAGACCAGCAACAGACAUGAGCUUUACCAUCGAGGAGAGGGGCAGGCCCAACACCCAGGACUACAGGGUGUUUUUCAAAAACUCUCAGGGCAAAUACAUCUCCCCCUUUCAUGAUAUACCCAUCUACGCAAAUGAAGCAGAGAAUAUUUUCCAUGCUGUUGUGGAAGUUCCAAGAUGGACAAAUGCAAAGAUGGAGAUUGCCACCAAAGACCCGCUCAAUCCACUGAAACAAGAUGUGAAGAAGGGAAAUCUUCGUUAUGUAGCGAAUGUGUUCCCCCACAAAGGUUAUAUCUGGAAUUAUGGAGCGAUUCCACAGACAUGGGAAGAUCCUAACCACAAGGACAGCGACACUGGAUGCUGUGGAGACAAUGAUCCUAUUGAUAUUUGUGACAUAGGAAAUAAGGUGUGUUCUCGGGGAGAAAUAAUCAAAGUCAAGGUGUUGGGAACUCUGGCUUUGAUUGAUGAGGGUGAAACAGAUUGGAAAGUCAUCGUGAUCAAUACUGAGGACCCGGAAGCUGGAGACUUUAACGAUAUUGAUGAUGUGAGACGACUUAAACCUGGAUAUCUGGAGGCAACUUUUGAUUGGUUCAAAAGAUACAAAGUCCCAGAUGGGAAACCUGAGAACCAGUUUGCUUUCAACGGAGAGUUCAAGGACAGGGAUUUUGCCAUUAAAACGGUGAAGAGCACUCAUGACUUUUGGAAGGCUCUGAUUUCUAAGCAGACCAACGCUGGAGAGUUAAACUGCAUGAACACCAGCGUCUCAGACAGUCCGUUCUGCUGCGCUGCUGCUGAUGCCGAGGCCGUGCUUAAGUCUGCAUGUGCAUUUGGAGCUGAAGAUCCCAUUCCUAGUUCAGUUGACAAAUGGUUCUACUAUGAGAAAUAAGAAGAUGCAGCCGUCAUGAAGCAGAAAAAUCAUCCUCUUUCAUCUGAUUUCAGCAGCACAUGAACUGACUGGAUGCAUAUUUUACUUUUCCUGUCACAUCUACUCGCUUCUUUGUCACACUUGAAUGGCUGAUGGUUUUAUUGUUCAACUGCUUGUCAUGUUUCAGACUUGGACCAUAUGAAAGCACCUCUAUUCUUUUACAUCAUUUAUCUGACUGUACAUUAGUCCUUAAUUUCAGUACACUAUAAUAAACCACUCUAAAUCCCA